AUGGACGGUGAGUAGCUCAUUCUGCCUUGAAACCAAUGCAAUAACUACACUGCUAAAAUUAAUGCUUUUUUAAGUAAGGCCAAAAGCCUGACAAAACUAUUGAAUAUUAAUUUGUACCACUGCCAAUCUUGAAUUGCUGAGAGCACAGAUGAAAGACCAUUGAUCCUAUGAGUUAUUUCCUUCUGAGUGUGACUGGAUUUGAACAAUGUCAAAUCCCCCAACUGAGCUUAUCAAUACUUUAUUUCAUAUUCAAUGUAUGAAAUUAACAUUAAACAUACAUUUCAUACACUUCAUAGAAGUUGCAAAUUGGUAAAAUGUAUCAUCUUGCUCUUUCAACCUUCUCCUUCUCCCCCUCCCCUCUCUCGCUCGCUUCCCAUCUCUCGCUCUCCCCAGGUAUUCCAGAGGAGGAUGGAUGGAACAGUGAACUUCUACAGAGGACGGACGAGUAUAAGAAUGGCUUAGGACACGUAGGUGGAGAGUACAAACCUUUGUGAUGUUCUCAAGAUUGCAUAGAUGACAAUAAUGAUGAAUCAUUCAUCAGUAAUGACACAACUUAACAGCAGAGUGUCUUAAUUUUGAUGAAAUAUUUUCUCAAUAAUUAUUUUGGAUACAGAUUUAAUUCUCUUAGGGCCUUUCUAUGGAUUUCAUUUGAGGAAGAUCCAAAACAUCAUCAUUAUCUUUGGGCCAAUCUCACGUGGAAUCACCCUAUGUCUCUGGUCUCAGCCAACCCCUCUCUGUUCUUCCUGCAGGUCUGGGAACAAUCCACCUGCCGACUCGGCAGAAGAACUAUAAGCUAAAGGUGGACAUAAAGGACUUUGACGGGAGGAAGGUCUAUGCCAACUACUAUACCUUCUCCAUCUCUCCCAAGGCCGUUAACGCUGAGGUGGAUGGAUAUAGACUAGUAGUCAGCAGCUUCAGGAACGGAGGGGCAGGUUAG